AUGUCGACGACGUCUACGUAUGGGCUUCAAGCCCUUUCAGGUGCGCUGCUUGGGGUUACGACUAUUACUGUCGCUCUACGUUUCUACGCUCGGCGCUCACAACGCACGUACUUUGGGGCAGAUGAUUGGUUGAUCAUUCCAGGAUAUUUGACGUUCGUGGGAAUGAUAGCAUGUGCGCUUCUCGGGGUCAAUCUUGAACAAUUUGGACAUACAGAUGCUCAAAUCGCGGCGAAGAAGCUACCUUUCAGCAUACAAGCUUCCCUCGUUGUCUCCCUCGAUAUCCUUUCUACUGCAUCCUUAGGCUUCACGCGUAUCAGCGCGUUGCUCUUCUUUCGACGAGUUUUCUGCGUCCCUGGAGGGACCAAAACUUUGCGCGCUGUUAUAUACUCAACCAUUGCAAUCAUCAGUCUGUGGAUGGCAGCUUUUAUCAUUAUACCACCACUGCAAUGCGGGCCAGAUCUGAGUGUCUGGUCUGCUCCUGCAAAAGUUCGUGCUGCGCACUGUACAAUUGGACCCAAGUUCAUCUUGGGGUUUUGUAUCUCAGAUCUUGUGAUCGAAACUGCUAUUAUCUGGAUACCUGUUCCACUGGUAUUACGUCUCCAAGCAUCAUUUCAAAGGCGAAUGGCGGUGUUGUUCGUCUUCUUCACUGCAUUCGUCUCGCUUGGAGCAGUUGUUGCGCGACUUAUAAUCACUACGAAAAUUAUCCAGAAACAUGUUCGGGACAAAUCCGGGACCAACACUACCCAGACUUUCAUGUGGAUAUUGGAGGCGGGAUUCGCGCUUAUUGCUGUCAAUCUGCCUACCCUGUGGUGGCUAAGAAAGAAAAUCCCGACAGAGAAAGUGCUCGCCAGUAUGCGAAGUGCGAUGUCAUUGCAUUCGGUGCAUUCUACACAACGUGGACUUCACACUUCACAACGGACUGAAGGAACCAACAAGAACAUGGAGAGGGACCAGUCAUCGAUCAGUAAAGGAGGGGCUUCAUCCCGUGAGAGUUCUAUUGUCACACCAUAA